AUGGCGCUGAUAAAGGAAGAAGCGCUGACCAAGGAAGCGCGCAGCAAACAGGCCAUGCAUAUCGACGACGACGACGACGCCGCCGUUAUACAGACGCUCAUUGUCAAGGGUGGGCUGCGGAAGAAGUUUCCGUCGGCCCAUCAUGACACUUGGAAUACGCACGAGUGUGAGGGCAACCAUUUGUGUGAGGAUGUGUUGGAGUGCAUGGGGUGA